AUGGCCCCUCGAGCUAGCUUCAAUACGGAUCAGAUAAAGGACAAAGCUAGAAAGGACCUCCUUUACCUGCUCGAGGCUGUCCGUGGAAAGAAGAACCUCAUCCUUGAGCGCAGCUUAGCCGGCCCCAUCGGCACUAUUGUGAAGGUCGCAACGCUUCAGGAGUACGGCGUCGACAAGUUCUUUUUCCUUGAGAACCAGAACGCCGACACCAGUCAGCGAAAUGUCAUCUUCAUAGCUCGCGGCGAAUGCGCCCGUCAUGCGCAAACGAUAGCAGAGCAGAUCCGACGGCUACAACGUGAAAGUCAGACUGGCCACGACUUUCACAUUUUCUGGGUGCCCCGACGGACGCUCGUAUCAGAUAAACUUCUCGAAGAAGCCGGCGUCCUUGGAGAUGUCAACAUCUCGGAGCUCCCCCUCUACUUCUUCCCGCUGGAGAAAGACGUUCUCUCACUAGAACUAGACGACUCGUUCCGCGAUCUCUACCUGUCGAAAGAUGUCACCCCAUCAUUCCUCCUCGCCAAGGCUCUGAUGGAAAUCCAACAGAAUCAUGGCUUGUUCCCGCGUAUAAUUGGUAAAGGCGAUAACGCGAAACGAGUAGCCGAGCUCCUCGCUCGCAUGCGACAAGAAAUCCUCGCCGGCGAAGACGCGAGCGAAGCGACGAGAGCCGGCCUCACACCGAGCACCUUGACCGAAAGCGUUAUCAUCAUCGACCGCGAGGUUGACUUUGUUACUCCUCUCCUCACCCAACUGACAUACGAGGGACUCAUUGACGAAGUGUUCGGCAUUCAAAACAACCAGGCCGAGGUCGAUACUACCGUAGUUGGCGCCCCAUCGCAGUCAUCAACGGCCAGCGCUCAAGCGAGGAAACGUAAAAUCCUGCUGGAUUCCUCCGACAAGCUCUACGAACAGCUCCGGGACACCAACUUCGCAAUUGUUGGAAGCCUGUUGAACAAGGUUGCUCGCCGACUGCAAAACCUGCAAAAGGACUACGAGGGACGAAACAGUCAAAAGUCUAUUGCCGAGCUGAAAGACUUCGUCAGCAAACUGCCUGGCUACCAGGCCGAGCAACAGAGCUUGAGGAUUCACACGGGCUUAGCAGAGGAAAUUAUCAAGUACACAAGAACAGACCAGUUCAAAGGCCUGCUGGAGGCCCAACAGAACCUAGCUGCUGGAGCGGAUCCAUCCACUCAGUUCGAGGCCAUAGAAGAGCUGAUCGCACGCGACACACCCUUGCCGGAGGUUUUGCGGCUGCUUUGCAUCUAUUCAUGUAUAUCUGGCGGAAUCAAGCCCAAGGAAUUCGACCAGUUCCGGCGCCUGAUUCUGGAAGGAUACGGGUAUCAGCACAUCUUGACCCUAAACAACUUGGAGAAGCUCCAAUUGUUCUUGUCACGCUCGUCGCCAUUGGCAGAGAUGAUUCCAAUGACUGGAGCGACAGGCAGCAACACAGGAACGAAGACCAACUACGCUUAUCUUCGGAAGCUCCUGCGACUCAUUGUUGACGAAGUCAAGGAAGACGACCCGAACGAUAUCGCUUAUGUGUACAGCGGGUACGCACCGCUCUCGGUUCGACUCGUCCAAUGCGUCCUGCAAAAGCAGUACCUGCUCCAAGUCACCCGAGGAAACGGCGCAAGCGGUGCAACAGGAUCAUCUGCUGCACAAGGCUGGCAUGGGUUCGAUGAAGCCGUGAAGCAUGUGCGCGGGCAGACGUUUUAUGAACUGCAAAAGGGCGAAGAAAAGGCCGUCAAGGCUCGCGCGCUCCUCUCCGGAGGAACCGAGAAGCAGACGGUAUUUGUGGUGUUCGUUGGAGGCAUCACCUUUACAGAGAUCGCUGCUCUGCGGUUCAUUGCGAAGCAGGAAGAAGCACGAAGGAACAUCGUCAUCUGCACGACGUCGAUCAUUAGCGGAGACCGAAUGAUGGACGCGGCCAUCGAGAAGGAAUCGUUUGCUAGAGACAACGUCAAACCUGCCAGUCCGAGCCAGUGA